AUGGUCUCUCUCCGAGCAGUGCGCGCCCACAACGCGUCCCUGAAAUCCCUUGGGGCGAAUCUCGUCGCCGUAUUUGUUGGCGGAACAUCCGGCAUAUCUCUCUCCACAGCCCUUUCCCUCGCGCGCCACACCGUCUCCCCCACGAUCUACUUGAUCGGACAGAGCAGACAAGCCGCUGAGAGCGCGGUUCGCUCGAUCAGAGCGCUGAAUCCGUCCGCUGAGGCGAUCUUCCUGCUAUCAGACAUUUCGCUGAUGAAGAACGUGGAUCAGAUCUGUAAGCAGAUAGAAUCUAGGGGAAGAUAUGUCAACAUCGUCUUCAUGACGCCCGGUUACUUGACCCUCAGGGGCAGAGAUGAGACGACUGAAGGGCUGGAUCGGAAAUUUGCGCUUCAUUACUAUGCGCGCAUGCGCUUCGUCAACCGGUUACUCCCGCUUCUUGAAUCUGCUGCGGACAAGAUACCUUCAGCCUCAUUAAAGUGCGGCCACCAUGCCUCGCUCAUGACCAAUUUCUACUUGGAGGAGAUGGCACGGCGAUACAAAAAUACGUCGUUUGUGCACGCGUAUCCCUCUGGGGUGAAUACCGGGAUUUUGCGCGGUUUGCCCGGUGGACAGAUCGCCAGAAGCUUCCUGAGCGUGCUCCUGAAGCCGUUCAUGGUGCCACUCGAAGAAAGCGGGGAGAGACAUCUGUUCGCCGCGACGAGUAGGAAGUUUCCCUGUGCUGCCAGGGGUAAAGGCACUGACGGCGACCAGGAAGACGUAGCCCCGGGGAGCGGUGGCAGGCCAGGCAGUGGAUGCUACUGGGUCAAUUGGGAUGGGGAGGUCUUUCCGGAGCACGCGAGCAUCAAGCAAAAGAGAGCAGAGGGCGCUGUUGAGAGGGUUGUAGAGCAUACCGAAGAGGUUCUCAGGCGCGUUUGCGAGAACAGUUCCCCGCAAUAG